CCUCUAAGCUUUCACAGCCCUUGUGUAGCAACAAAUCGACAUGUCUUCGACCGGUGGCGGGUGGGCGCAGCUCCGGCAGCAGGCUCGCUCGUUAGAGACUCAAACCGAAACGCUCUUCCAUACAUACUCGCAGUAUGCCUCCAUGACACACAUACCCCAGAAACCUUCGGAAGAGGAGCUACGAACGGAGAAACAAUUGCAAGAGGUCCUUGAAAAGCGCGAGGCCCUCAUAGCACAGCUUUCCCGCCUCCUUGACUCCGAAUCCGCCCUUACCUCCUCGGCCAUGAAACAGACCCACGUCGCACGCCACCGAGAAGUCCUGCAGGACCACCGCCGAGAACUCGCUCGUUUGCGGUCAACGAUAGCGGAUGCGCGCAACAAGGCCAACCUCCUCUCCAACGUCCGAUCUGACAUUGAUGCGUACCGCUCUUCGAACCCUGCCAACGCCGAGGCCGAGUACAUGCUCGACGAGCGGCGGCGAAUCGACAAUAGCCACACCAUGGCCGACAGCGUCCUUUCCCAGGCGUAUGCCGUGAAUGAGAACUUUGGGAUCCAGAGGGAAUCGCUCGCCAGCAUAAAUCGGAGGAUUGUUGGCGCAGCAAGCCAAGUGCCGGGGAUCAACAGCCUGAUCGGACGGAUAGGGGCGAAGAAAAGGAGAGAUGGCAUAAUCCUGGGAAGCUUCAUUGCGUUUUGUUUUCUGAUGUUACUGUGGUUCUGGUGAUUAAGGUUGUUACAAGGGAGCGUACAUUUGGCACGGCGUCGUGGGCGUUAGGGACGGAGUUUGGAGGAUGCGUGAUGGACAAUCACAUUUGUUGGGUUUGCAUGGUGCAGGACAUGCGCAACUGUUGAAGCAGCAUCGUUCAAAUUGUACUAUUACAUUUCUUCUUACAUUGGCCAGCUUGAAUGGACAAAUACACAGCAGCCUCUAUACUGCAGCAGUUGCAGCUACAGCCUUCAC